AUGCGAGGUAAAUGCUCGUUCUCAGACUACGAUUUCACGGACGCGGAUGAUGUAGACGUGACCAAGUGUGUCAAGCCCAGCGCUAGUAUUGCAAUAAAGGCCAACUCCGGGAAGAAGUCGUUUGGUGACAAGUCCUCGUCGAAGACAGCCCACCCAACCAGCGCAACACCGACUAAGCACGCCAAUACCAACACGGAGGAAACUGCACGCCGUUAUGAGCUGCAGAAAGACACACGCGACGGAGAAGUUGCAUCUCCCCGUCUGACCACACAGUUGACGAUGUCGGACACGUUUAUGAAGAUGACAGCGCUGGCGGCAGCAGUGACGAUGCUGAACAAGAGGACUAGCAGACCAGCAAACGCAAGAAGUUUCAUUUCACCGCUGAAGACGACUUGA